GAGAUUUGAUUUAUUUUUAACUUUAUCCUAUAAUAAAAACUAAAAAGCUCACUCUCGUAUCUAAUCGAAUUUAACUAAAACAAGCUAAAAACAAAUUUACACACAAACUGAGAGGGCAAAACAAAAAAGGGAGAAGAUCAAAGUAGAAAGGGGAAGAAAACUAAGCUUAAGUAAGACAAAAAUCUCGAAGAUCCAUGGCGGAGGAUUCUGUAUCUGUCUCGAUGGAUCGCACCUUGUUGUGUAAGAAGAACAAGGGGGUCCGAACCGAACCGAAACGGUGCAAGGAAGCAAGCAAAGCAAAAAAAAAGGCAAGAAGAUCUUUUUAGGUGUGUGAGAGAGAGAGAGGGGGACACGUGUCGGGAAAGGAGAGGUAGAGAGGUCACUCUCCGUUCCCGGUUCUUUCUGUCUCGUGCGGUGCGUUGUUUGUUGGUUUUGGUUGGUUGCCAUGUCAGAGUCCGUUCCCCUAUGAGCCCGGCGAAUCCGAAUCAUAUGCCUUUCUUUUCGCCAUGUCUCUCUCUCUCUCUAUCUAACCCCAAACCCCAUCUCCAAAGACUUGACCUCUCUCUCUCUCUCUCUCUCUAAUUUAUUUAUCGUUUCGCGUGUCGCCCUCUUCUUCUUCUCUCUCUCUCUCUUUCUCAUCAUCUCUCUCUUUCGUACCUCUCUCUCUCUCUCUCUUGUUCGAGGCCGUGCCCUAGAAGCCCCCCUUUCCCUUUCUCCAGGACUUCAAUCCCUAAUCGCCGGAUUUCGCUCGUUCCUUAGAUCAUCGGAGGACUCUUUUUUUACUUUUCUCUAUUCCGAUUUCAGAUUCCCAGAUUUUGUGGCAACAGAUUUACACAUGACGGUGUAUCCGGUUCUCUAUCAAGCAUAUGGUAUGAAAAGAGAAAUAGAAGAUGAAAGAUUCAGGCAGUGAAAUGAUUAAUAGAGAUUGGGUUAUGAAGCAGAAACGAAGAAAGCUUCCGUCUAUACUGGAUUUAUUAGACCAAAAAGUGGAAAGUUCAGUGGCUUUCGAGUCUCCGGAAUACAAUUCUUCCGCUAAACCAACUAAGCAUCGGCUUAGGACUGAUUCAACUCCUGAAAGGAACUCCUCUAAGAGGAAAGGAAAUGAUGGGAAUUAUUUUGAAUGUGUGAUCUGUGAUCUUGGUGGUGAUUUACUGUGUUGUGAUAGUUGUCCUAGGACUUAUCAUACCGAAUGCCUCACUCCACCUCUUAAGCGGAUUCCAAAUGGCAAGUGGAUCUGCCCUAAAUGUUCCCCUAACACUGAAGCACUCAAGCCUGUCAAUCGUUUAGAUGCGAUUGCUAAGCGAGCAAGAACGAAAACCACGAAAAGAAAUUCUCAAGCCGGACCAAAGUGCGAGAGAGCUUCUCAGAUUUAUUGCAGUUCUAUAAUCUCUGGAGAACAAUCUUCAGAGAAAGGGAAAUCUGUAUCGGCUGAAGAGAGCAAAUCCAUAGGAAAGGAAGUUUAUUCGUCCCCAAUGGAUGGUUGUUCAACUGCUGAGCUUGGUCAUGCAUCUGCGGAUGACCGACCUAAUUCACCUUCUCACGGAGAAGGUGAUAUGGGAAAACCUGCAGAUCUCUCUGAAUCUAAACUAUCAGAUACAGAGAGAAAUCAUGAAGCACCCGUGGAGAAGUUGGAACAUGCUUUCAGCGAGAUUGUGGAAAACAAGACAAUUGCUGAAGUGGAGACUGGAAAAGGUAAAAGGAAAAAACGAAAGCGUGAAUUAAAUGAUGGGGAAAGUGUUGAGAGGUUAAAGACUGAUAAGAAACGCUCGAAGAAAAGUUUUUCCAAAGUGGGUUCUUCUCAGAGUACCAAAUCACCGGAGUCUUCGAAAAAAAAGAAAAAGAAAAAUCGCGUGACUUUAAGAUCCUUGUCCAAAUCUCAGUCCAAGACGGAAAUACCAGAAAAAGUGAAGAAGCUUUCCAAGGAGGAACGUCGUGCAAUACGUCGCACAAAGAAAUCUUCUAGUUAUUUGGAUGAUAAAACCUCUCCUCCUGCUGGAAACCUCCAGGUUGAUCGCAUUUUAGGAUGCCGAAUCCAAGGUCUGACUAAGACCUCACUGUGUAGUGGUAUUUCAGAUGACUUGUGUUUUGAUAAUUUACAAGCUAAUGACCAGCGGGAUAGCUCUGUACACAAUACAAAUGCUGAAUUAUUAGUUGCCGAGGACAGAACAGAAUCUUCUUCUGAGACAGGUAAAAGUUCCAGGGAUUCACAUCUGAAGGAGAAAGAUAUGGACGAAUCUGCUUUAGGUACAGAGGGUAUGGAUGAGGGGAAAGAAGAGAUGCUUUCAGAAGACAAUUCUGAUGCCACAAUUAGUAGACAUGUGGAUAAUGAAGAUACAAAAGUUAGUGGAACACCUGUAUCUGUUGAGAGAGAAUUACUUGAAGAAGCACAUCAGGAAACAGGGGAAAAAUGCACUGUGGCUGGGGAAGAAGUUGAGGAGCCUGUAGCUGCUCAAACUUUAGAUCUUAUUGGCGAGACUGUGUCAUAUGAGUUUCUUGUUAAAUGGGUGGGAAAAUCUAAUAUUCAUAAUACUUGGAUUUCCGAGGCGGAGCUAAAAGGUCUUGCUAAAAGAAAACUAGAGAACUACAAAUCAAAGUACGGAACAACUGUAAUAAAUAUCUGUGAAGAUAAAUGGAAACAGCCUCAGCGAAUAGUUGCUCUUCGGGUUUCCGAAGACGGUAACCAAGAAGCUUACGUGAAGUGGACUGGCUUAGCUUAUGAUGAAUGCACGUGGGAGAGCGUGGAGGAGCCUAUUCUUAAAAGUUCAUCCCAUUUGAUAAAUCUAUUUCAUCAGUAUGAGCAGAAAACAUUGGAAAGGAAUAGUAAGGGUAAUCCCACAAGGGAAAGGGGUGAAGGUCAGCAAAGUGAAAUUGUUACCCUCACAGAACAACCUCAAGAGCUCAGAGGGGGUGCUUUAUUUCCUCAUCAGCUUGAGGCCUUGAAUUGGCUGCGUAGAUGCUGGCAUAAAUCGAAAAAUGUAAUACUUGCUGAUGAGAUGGGGCUUGGAAAAACAGUGUCUGCUAGUGCAUUUCUCUCCUCUCUUUAUUUUGAAUUUGGAGUUGCAAGACCUUGUUUAGUCUUGGUUCCACUUUCAACAAUGCCAAACUGGCUAUCCGAGUUUUCUCUUUGGGCUCCACUCCUUAAUGUUGUCGAGUAUCAUGGAAGCGCAAAAGGACGAGCCAUCAUUCGAGACUUUGAGUGGCAUGCUAAGAAUCUUACUGGGACGACCAAGAAGCCGACAUCCUACAAGUUCAAUGUCCUUUUAACUACUUAUGAAAUGGUUCUGGCUGACUCAUCUCAUCUACGUGGAGUUCCAUGGGAAGUUCUUGUGGUUGAUGAAGGGCAUCGUCUAAAGAAUUCGGAAAGUAAGCUGUUUAGCUUGCUCAACACAUUCUCUUUUCAACACCGUGUGCUUUUGACUGGCACCCCUCUUCAGAAUAACAUUGGUGAGAUGUAUAAUCUGCUCAACUUCUUGCAACCAUAUUCAUUCCCUUCUUUGUCUUCUUUUGAGGAGAGGUUCCAUGAUUUGACAAGUGCUGAGAAAGUAGAGGAACUGAAGAAACUUGUUGCUCCUCAUAUGCUUCGUCGUCUUAAAAAAGAUGCCAUGCAGAAUAUUCCUCCAAAGACUGAGAGGAUGGUCCCUGUCGAGUUGACUUCAAUCCAGGCGGAAUAUUAUCGUGCAAUGCUAACUAAGAACUAUCAGAUACUACGAAAUAUCGGGAAAGGGGUAGCGCAACAAUCAAUGCUUAACAUAGUGAUGCAGUUGAGAAAGGUGUGUAAUCACCCAUAUCUCAUACCAGGUACGGAGCCGGAGUCUGGGUCAUUGGAGUUUCUUCAUGAUAUGAGAAUAAAAGCGUCAGCCAAGUUGACUCUGUUGCACUCCAUGCUUAAGGUGCUACAGAAGGAAGGCCAUAGAGUUCUGAUAUUUUCACAGAUGACAAAGCUUCUAGACAUUCUGGAGGACUACCUGAAUAUAGAAUUUGGGCCUAAGACAUUUGAAAGGGUGGAUGGUUCUGUUGCUGUAGCUGAUCGUCAGGCAGCUAUAGCACGUUUCAACCAAGACAAAAAUCGGUUUGUUUUUCUGUUAUCAACACGUGCCUGUGGUCUUGGUAUCAAUCUGGCAACGGCUGAUACUGUUAUUAUCUAUGACUCUGAUUUCAACCCUCACGCUGAUAUCCAAGCUAUGAAUAGAGCUCAUCGAAUCGGACAAUCCAAACGACUUUUGGUGUACAGACUUGUCGUCCGGGCCAGUGUUGAAGAGCGCAUUUUGCAGCUGGCGAAGAAGAAGUUGAUGCUCGAUCAGCUUUUUGUAAACAAGUCUGGAUCCCAGAAGGAAUUUGAAGAUAUUCUACGCUGGGGGACUGAACAACUUUUCAACGACUCUGCUGGUGAGAAUAAGAAAGAUACAUCUGAAAGUAAUGGGAACUUAGAUGUAAUCAUGGAUUUAGAAAGUAAAAGUAGGAAAAAAGGUGGUGGCCUCGGAGAUGUUUAUCAAGACAAAUGUACAGAAGGAAAUGGGAAGAUUGUUUGGGAUGAGAUUGCAAUUAUGAAAUUGCUUGACCGGUCAAAUAUUCAAACGGUCUCCACGGAUGCUGCUGAUACUGAGUUGGAAAAUGAUAUGCUCGGCUCCGUAAAGCCUGUGGAAUGGAACGAGGAAAUAGCGGAAGAACAAGUUGAAGCUGAAUCACCUGCUCUGGUGACUGAUGAUGCUGAUGAACAGAGUUCAGAGAGGAAAGAUGAUGAUGUAGUAAAUUGUACUGAGGAAAAUGAAUGGGACAGGCUUCUGCGUAUGAGAUGGGAGAAAUAUCAGAGCGAGGAAGAAGCAGCGCUUGGUAGAGGGAAGCGUUUAAGAAAGGCUGUUUCAUACAGGGAAGCAUAUGCCCCACAUACCAGUGGACCUGUAACUGAGAGUGGCGGUGAAGAUGAGAAAGAACCAGAACCAGAACUUAAGAAGGAAUAUACACCUGCAGGGCGAGCCUUAAAAGAAAAGUUUACCAAGCUGCGAGAAAGGCAAAAGAACCUUCUUGCAAAAAGGAAUUCUGUUGAAGAUUCUUUUCCCAAUGGCAAUGAGGAUCAGGUAACUGAAGCAGCUAAUCAGGACGAAGAAAGCCCGACAUCAAUGGACUUGGAAGAUAGCAAAGCCAGCCAGCAAUGUGAUGCACAGAAAAGAAAAGCCAGUUCUUCAGAUCCUAGACCAGAACUUCCAAUCCAGCAUCAUCAUGGCGCAGAAUGUCUGCCACCUUUACCCCCAAACAACCUGCCAGUUCUUGGACUGUGUGCUCCUAAUUUUACUCAUUCUGAAUCCUCCCGGAGAAAUAUCAGGACCCCAUAUUCAGGUAGUAGACAGAACAGAACCAUAACAGGACCCCAUUUUCCUUUCAAUCUACCCCAAACAUCAAACAUGGUUGAGAGGGAAGCAAAUGAUCAGGAACCUUCUAUGAGUAGACUAAAACCACAGAACGUAAAGGAAGAACCUCAUCAGCAGCCUCCUAGUAAUAUGGAUGGUUGGCUUCCACAUCGUCAGUUUUCUCCAUCAGGGGAUUUUGAGCGUCCCCGAAGUUCUGGUGCUGCUUUGACUGAUUUCCAGGAGAAGUUUCCGCUACUUAACCUUCCUUUUGAUGAUAAGCUGCUUCCUCGAUUUCCAUUUCAGCCGAGAACCAUGGGAGCAUCGCAUCAAGACAUCAUGACCAGUCUUUCAAUGAGGAAAAGAUUUGAAGCUACCGGUCAUUCUAUGCAAGACCUAUUUGGCGUACCAUCAAUGCCAUUUCUACCCAAUAUGAAAAUCCCUUCUAUGGAUCCACCUGUCUUUAACCAACAAGAGAAGGAAUUACCGCCUUUGGGUUUGGAUCAGUUUCCAUCAGCUCUUCAAUCUAUUCCGGAGAACCAUCGCAAGGUGCUGGAGAAUAUAAUGCUAAGAACUGGUUCUGGAAUUGGACACUUACAGAAAAAGAAGACAAGAGUAGAUGCGUGGUCUGAGGAUGAACUAGAUUCUCUCUGGAUUGGGAUUCGCAGACAUGGGUAUGGAAACUGGGAGACAAUUCUUAGAGAUCCAAGGCUAAAGUUUUCGAAGUUUAAAACACCAGAGUACUUGGCAGCAAGGUGGGAAGAAGAGCAACGUAAAUUCUUGGAUAGUCUUUCAUCUCUGCCAUCUAAAUCAAGCAGAACUGAUAAGUCCACCAAAUCUUCCUUGUUUCCUGGUCUUCCCCAAGGAAUAAUGAAUCGGGCUUUGCAUGGAACUAGAUAUGCCACUCCUCCAAGGUUCCAAUCCCACCUCACAGAUAUAAAACUCGGAUUCAGUGAUCUAGCAUCUCCCCUUCCGUUAUUUGAACCAUCUGAUCACCUGGGAUUUCGAGGUGAGCCUUUUCCUCACAUUGCAAAUCUGUGCACUGACAAUCUUCCUGGUGAUCCUUCUGCUGGGACAUCUGAACGACCAGGGACAUCGACAAAUAUUCCCAAUGAGAAGCCUUUUCCACUCAACUCUCUUGGAAUGGGCAACUUAGGUUCAUUGGGUUUGGACAGUUUAAGUUCCUUAAACAGCCAGAGAGCUGAUGAAAAACGGGAUGCUAUUAAGCGUGGGAAACUACCCUUGUUUCUAGAUAUGCCGUUACCUCCAAUGUUUGAUUCAAGCAACAACGUGUUCUUGGGAAGAUCAGCCAAUCAAUCUUUCCUUAAUCCGAAUCGAGGGUUGAAUCUCUCCAAUCCUAUGGGGAAAGACAUAUUGGGAAUGAGCUCUUCAGAGAACAAGCUACCUCAUUGGUUACGGGAUGUUGUGACUGUUCCUACAGUGAAGUCACCUGAACCACCCACUCUACCUCCAACUGUGUCAGCUAUAGCGCAAUCAGUCCGCGUUUUAUAUGGUGAAGAUUCAACCACCAUUCCACCGUUUGUGAUCCCAGAGCCGCCGCCUCCUGCUCCUAGAGAUCCAAGACACAGUCUGCGUAAGAAAAGGAAACGUAAAUUGCAUCCAUUGAGUCAAAAGACUACAGACAUUGGUAGAAGCAGCCACAAUGCUGUAGAAAGCAGCUCUCAAGGCAAUCCACUAACAUCAUCUACUCCUCCCUUGCCUCCACCUUCUCUAUUGGGUGAAACUUCAGGCUCUUCCCAACCCAAUUUACCUCCUCACAACCUAAGCAGCACAGAACCACAGUCCUCUGAGUCAAUCAGAUUACCACCACCUGAAGAAGAUACUUUCAUAGCAGCAACGCCAUCUGAAGCACCAGGACCUAGUCUAGAGGGAAUCACUGGUACGACGAAGUCAAUCUCGCUAGAGAGCAAAAGCUCUGAACUUAAAUCUACCAACCAAUGUGGAGACUUAGAUCCAGAAACUGAUGAGAAAAUGGAGUCUGAUCGAACCCCGCUUCAUUCAGAUAAACCUUUAGAUGAGAAACAAGAAUCUGAAAAUGCAUUGAACAAGCAGUGUGAGCCCAUAGAGGCUGAAAGUCAAAACACCAAUGCAGAGGAAGAAGAAGAAUCCAUGAAGAUGGUUUCUGAUAAUUCUCCUGGUGAAGAAUGAAACCUUCGAUCAGAUUGCAAUGAAAUUACCAGUGUUGCUUUUUUUUUUUUAGGUCUUUGUAAUCGAAACUUCACUGCUAUUAAGUAUUAAGUUUUGUAGGUAUGACGCAAAUCAGUGAAGAAGCAGUAUAUGUAUUUGAGACUACAUUUUUAUCUUUGGUUAAAUUCUAUUUGAUUGUAAAGCUUGUGUAAGAGAAUUUAGUGAUCUAACUGGUUGUUUGGAUUGUGUAAACCAGACACUUUAGAUUGUAAUGCUUAGUGGAAGAGAUCUUUAAUUCUUGCUGUUGGAAUUUCAAUUCCGGUUUAGCAGA